AUGGGCGCUCAUGUCAGCAACGAAACGAAAAUGAGGCAACAGACCCCUUGGGCCCCGUUUCUCAGUUCAACAAGUGGUCAUGUUUGCGUACUGCAUGACGCAAGCGCUUUCUUGCAUUUCCGGGAGAAAAAGGAACAUGCAGCUGCGUUGCGAAGGACUGGAGUGUGCAGCCAGUCGACCGCUGUGUGGCAUGUGGUGAUCGGGACGCGAGCGCGGACUGGUAGGGACGUAACGACCCUUGAAGUCGUCCCUCACGUCCAAUUGAUCCUCAGAGAGAACUGA